AACACAUCCAAAGGCAGCAAAAUGAUGGCGGUGUUCAGGUUUGCCUGUUGGAAAUCGUCUGCUAUGGACUGCAGGAAUGCUGUUGGAUCAGCCAGGCUAAAUGAAAUGCUUACAAAGCUGAAGGUGGCAAACCACGGCAUAAGGGGGUGCAGUACAAACGCCAUCACAUUCCUCAGCUGAGUGCUCUCUGUGUUGGGGUGUGAUUUGUCUGUAGGUACAUUUUCUUCUCUUCCACUGACUCGAAAGUUAAAGAGCAAGAAAAAAGCUAAACUAUUUUAGCUAUUUGGAAUCGGUUGCAGCUUUCCCCUUCUGUGCAAUGUGGCACCAUUCCUGAUGGGAGAAGUGAUGUCUGGCAGGUUUUCAGGCUCAGCGAGGAGCUCUCCUGUUACACUAAAGAGCAGGUAAAUUCUGUGCUUUUUCCUUCUUCCCCCUGUGCUUAUGGUACAGAGGGAUCGGAGCUGGGGCCGCUGGACACAAGUGGUGCCUUCCCAGCACAUGGAACACUUCACAGGGGUUUCCUUGGGUUAUUUUCUUACCUUCGGAGGGAAUCUGGUGAGCCAGGGCAGAAGAGAAGGCACAUGCAUCUGAUGUACUUAAGCAGAGGCAGCACAGAGGGAGCAGGCACUCCUGCUCUGAUAAGCACUGUACCUGUAAGGCUGAAUUCAGCUUCCACUGAAAUUUGUUGUCCAGGAUUUAUGGAAAACUAUCACCUGUAAGAUAUUGAUACCAGCUGCUGGAUAGCGUUAUCCCACGAAAGGUAACUCAAAAGUGUUUUAGCAAUACAGUUGGAGCGAUGUCCUCAGUGCUCCCGAAAGGAGAAAGUUGGAGUUCUGAUGCCUGAAGGAAUUCUGAAGGAAUGCCGGUGCCAAACCACCGGAACGGGGCUGUUUCAGCGGGGUUGGCACCUCGCGGUGUGUGGCAGCAGGACGGGGCUCGCAGUGGGUUUGCUGCUGCUCUCAGAACCGGCGUAUCUGGGCUGUGGCUGGGGGCAAACGGUGCCCCCCAGCAGGGAGACAAACGCUGUUACUGGGAAGUUAUUUAACUUUUACAGGGAACGGAAUGUGCUCGGGGGAAAUUCCCCGCCGCUCCCCAGCAAAAACUGAAUACAAGCCUUAACGUACCGCUGUGAACGCUGCGGCGGAGCAGACCCACGUCCCUCCUCGGCGGUCCGGACACUGCUGCCCCGCUGCCGGGCGGAUUGGCACCGCUGCUGCAGAGCCCAGCCGCUGUCUUCGGAGCCAGAACCAACUUUUGAGGCACCCCCCGUGCCUCCCCAGGCAGCUCACGGCGCUCGGAAGUCCUCAGUGCUAUGUUGUUAUCCUGCCACGUGCCGAAUUUAAGGCAUCCAUCCAAGUGGAUGUUUGCUCCUCUCCUCCUUCUCCUGGCCAAGCUCGGCUGCAGCGCCCAACCCACUUACCAAUGGAGAGAUGCUGUGUCGAACGCGCAGCUCACCUGCCAGCAGUGCCCGCCGGGGACCUUCGUGGCACAGCACUGCACCAGGGACAGGCCGACGCAGUGCGAGCCCUGCCCGGAUUUGCACUACACACAGUACUGGAACUACCUGGAGAAGUGCCGGUACUGUAACGUCAUCUGCGGGGAGAAGCAGGUGGAGGUGCAGCAGUGCAAUUCCACCCACAACCGCGUCUGUCAGUGCCAGGACGGCUACUACUCCGAGAUGGAAUUCUGCGUCCGGCAUUCCAAGUGUCUGCCGGGCUUUGGCGUGGAGAAGCUGGGUACCCCCUUUGAGAACACCCAGUGCCGCGCCUGCCCCCGCGGCUUCUUCUCUUCCUCCAACUCCAGCACCAAGCCGUGCCAGCCCCACCAGAACUGCGAGCAGCAGGGGAAGGUGGUCAACGUGGAGGGCAACCAGUACCACGACACCCUCUGCACCUCCUGCAGACGGGACAGAAACAACAGCACGCAGGGACCAGCUCCAGGCGAUGACGACUGUGAGCAAGCCCUGAUAGACUUUGUGGCGUACCAGAACAUCCCCAUCAGGAAGCUGAAGCGCCUGCAGCAAAUCCUGGAGCACUCACCGAGGAAGCAGGCGCUGGGCACCCGGGCGGCCAUGCAGGAGAAGUUCAGAGCUUUCCUCAUCCACCUCAGAGAGGGGCACCCGGUCACCAAGGAGCUGCUGGUGGCUCUGAGGACUGCCAAGCUGCACUCCAUCGAGGAGCAGGCCCGCGAGCGCUUCCUCCUGCGCUGAGAACAUGAACCGGACUUUUCGGGUGGUUUCUGGUUUGAUUUUGGUCCUGUGGCUUCAUUAAUUUAUUAACCUUUCCGAACACCAAGGGCAGCGUUAGAGAUGGGUCAGCUCAGUAGUGCUGGGUCGGUGGGUCCUGCUCUGCAUCACUGCCUCUGGGGUGGGAUGUUGGGAGCAGCAGCAUCCCCGUGCCAGCAGCCGGUGCAGCUCCAGCUGGGUGCUGGCCAUGGAUUUUCCAGCACUCAGCAAGGGUCAAUGCUUUAUCAGAAGAGAAACUUGCAGCCAGGGUCAUUUGUUCUGAGGAAAAACCCAGCUAGAAACCUGCCUGGCUUUGUUUUAAACGUGGGGGUCUGGUUUUGUUGGGGGAUUUUUAGUUAUUUAACAGGUUUUCCCCUGGAGAAUUCACUUGUGUGUGUUUGUCACGCUCUUGUUUUGAGAAGGGAGUUUGCUGCUGAGGCACGUUGGGAAUAGGACGCUCCUGAAGUCACUGGUAUAGCUGGCCUUUUAAAGUUAUUUCUAAACUACCUGGUUUUAUACCAUUUUUUCUAAAGAGAUGAAUGUUUAAAAUGUAAAAAAAAUGUUUAGAUGCUUUCUGAAGAAACAAA